GUUAGGCCUAUCUGCACGAGAACCCCAAGAAAACGAAAGUCUGACUGGCGGAUUCCGUAUCCUACUGCACAAAGUUCAUUCUCUGAAGACUUCAAGUUAGUACUGUUGAUAUCUACAAAUGCAACAGAUGAUGAUAUAGUGCUAUAACAGUAUCAUUUUUUAAGGAUACAAUGUCUGCAGUAAAAAAAAGAACAACCAGAAACUCACCAAAUAUCCGUGAAGAAAGAAAUUCAGAAGAAUUGGACACUUCACAGGAAGAUUCCUACACAGGGGAUGAAGAUCAAAAGAGGAAUGAAUCGCCUGAAUCACUUAAGACACGCAAAUUAUCUAAAUCACCAACUGCUAGUCCAAAGGAAUCUACACGAAAACGUAAACCAUCAAAAUCCAUCCAAGAAAAGGGAGCUACACCAAGUACCGGUAGUUCACGUGUAGAUGCUGCACAAGAUACUGAAGAUAGCACACAAGAUACCGAAGAUAGCACACAUGAAAAACUAUUCUUAUCAUUUGUACUUAAAGUAAUCAUUUUAGCCAUUAUUGCUAUACUGUUAUACAUGUAUUAUAUGAACCCACAGAUGUUACAAGUUGGCACAUAUCAGAAUGCAGAGAAUAGCAAUUCCACUGCCCCACUUGUGAAGAUAAAAGACUUUAAAAAAUAUUUGUCAGAAUUACAACACAUCUUUACAACCCAAGACAAAGAUUUCUGGAAGAAGAUCAAAGUUCCAGUCCUGCGUGUUAUCAAGGAGGAAGAACCGGAAUAUCCGGCUGUCCUUCUGUUGGUUGUACCAAAAGGGGAAAGCACGUCUCAAACCGCCACCUGUCUUGCCAAAAAAUACAGAUCCAAACUAAGUGAACUGUACAGAGGCAGUGGAAACAUCAAUGAAGCGUAUAUAGAUGCCCAAACUCUCUCGUCAUCAGGGUCAGUUGAAAAUAUCAAAUAUGACCUGGACAAUAAAAUAAAGGAGUUGUUGGAUAAUACAAACACAGAGCUACCGACCAUGGUCAUUGAUCACAUCGAGGCUCUCGAUCCCAACGUCAUGCUGCUCUUCCAUGGUUACUGUGAUGGGGACUAUGCACCUCACAAGAAAGCACUGAUUUUGUUUGUCCUUCAUACUAACUUGGAUUCCAAGGAGAUUAAAAAUUUGGACAGAACUGUUGAUGGGCUGUUGCAGUCUCUUUGGGGGAAAAAUCUCGAUGCUGAUAAAAUUCCUCCAUUGAUUGCUAGGAUUGCUAAUAACAAAGCAAUGAUUCACGAGGAAAAAAUGUCAUCUCUUACAAAUAGUGGAUGUUAAGAGACUUAGAAAUGUGAUAAUUUUCAUCAUUAUUUGACAUUAAAAACUUCACGUAAAACUGUUGAGUAAAAAUGCUGAUUUGUUCUAGAUAUAAUCUAGAUUUUUUCUAUGUUAGCUGUUUAAUAUGGUUUUUGCUCAGUAAUUAGUGAACCUGUCCAAAGACAGUCAUUUCUAGGGAGAAGCUCUUUUAAACAAGUUUAGCUUAAGGUGAUAUGGGACACUUCCAUGUUGUAAUAUAUUGUUUAUUAAAUAAACAAUUAAAUUAAGUGUAAUUAUAUAAGUAAUUUCUUUCCAUAAAUGGUCACCUAACUCCGUAGCCCAGUGGGUUAGAGGGUUUACUACAAACCUAUAAGUCAUGAGUUCAAAUCCAGCUGGGUUUUUUUCAAUUUUUACCUUUUCAAAUAUUUUUAAAGGCUAUUUUUUGGUUAAAUAUUGUAAAAUUUGAAAAUUCUAAACCGGUGAAAAUUUUUCAAUUUUAUAGUGCGGUACUUUAAUCAACAUUAAUAUCGACAGAUGUCCCAUACCACCUUAAACAAGAGGCACAUGGGCCUUAACAGUUGCCUUAGUGUAGUCACUCUGUCUUCAAUCUGGAUGUACCCUUUGGAGCAAAGAUUAAUGAAGAUGUAGAAACUUAUUUUGCAUAUUACCAUAUUUUAAAAAUACAAUUCAAAACCAAAAGUAUUUUCAAGAGGUUUCACAUUCUUCACUUUUAUGGUGAAAAUAUUUUGUAUAUAAUCUGAACUUUAUGAUUAUUUUUUUUUUCACAUGUCAUUGAAUAAAUUAAAAGACGCACAUGUAAA